GAUCUCUGACCAGAAAUGCAAGUGGGAAGGACCAGGCUUGACCAAGGUCAGAGCCAGGGCCAGGAAGGCCCCUUCUCACUCCUCUGGCCUCCUCCUGUAGGGUGCUUCAAGGAUGACCGAAUCGUCUUCUGGACCUGGAUGUUUUCUACCUACUUCAUGGAGAAACUGGCCCCCAGGCAGGACGACAUGCUUUUCUACGUGCGCAGGAAGCGAGCCUACCCAAGCAGUGAGAGCAGUGUCGACGGGAGGAAGGCCGAGGUUGAGCCUGAGGUAGAGGUGGAAGUGUACCGGAGGGACUCCAAGAAGCUUCCAGGCCUGGGAGACCCUGACAUCGACUGGGAAGAGAGUGUCUGCCUGAACCUCAUCCUGCAGAAGCUGGACUAUAUGGUGACCUGUGCUGUGUGCACACGUGCUGAUGGAGGUGACAUCCACAUUCACAGGAAGAAAUCCCAGCAAGUGUUUGCGUCCCCCAGCAAACACCCCAUGGACAGCAAAGGAGAAGAGUCCAAGAUGAGCUACCCCAACAUCUUCUUCAUGAUUGACAGCUUCGAGGAGGUGUUCAGCGACAUGACCGUGGGGGAAGGAGAGAUGGUCUGUGUUGAGCUGGUGGCUAGCGACAAGACCAACACGUUCCAGGGUGUCAUCUUUCAGGGGUCCAUCCGCUACGAGGCGCUGAAGAAGGUGUAUGACAACCGCGUGAGUGUGGCGGCCCGCAUGGCCCAGAAGAUGUCAUUUGGCUUCUACAAGUACAACAACAUGGAGUUUGUGCGCAUGAAGGGGCCUCAGGGCAAGGGCCAUGCUGAGAUGGCAGUCAGUCGUGUGUCUACGGGCGACACAUCCCCCUGUGGGACUGAAGAAGACUCAAGCCCAGCUUCGCCCAUGCAUGAGCGGGUGACCUCCUUUAGCACCCCGCCCACCCCGGAGCGAAACAACCGGCCCACCUUCUUCUCUCCGUCCCUCAAGAGGAAGGUGCCCCGGAACCGCAUCGCGGAGAUGAAGAAGUCCCACUCGGCCAACGACAGCGAGGAGUUUUUCAGAGAGGACGACAGUGGAGCUGACCUGCACAAUGCCACCAAUCUGCGGUCUCGAUCCCUGUCGGGCACAGGACGGUCCCUGGUUGGGUCCUGGCUGAAGCUGAACAGAGCUGACGGCAACUUCCUUCUCUAUGCACACUUGACCUACGUCACCUUGCCACUGCAUCGGAUCUUAACAGACAUCCUGGAAGUACGACAGAAACCCAUCUUGAUGACCUAGUGUGUGUGGAGCCUGCACGGAGCCCCGGCCCCGCCUGGCCCUGGGAACGCUGCCAAGUGCCUACCUGUUACCACCACGGGGGUCUUCUGUGACAAGCCAGCGCUGGAGCUACAGCCAGGCAGGGCCACUCGACUCCUGGGGCCAGGGCCGACUCCAUGAACACCAGCCCAAACUGAAGUGCCUCGUCCUCCUCUGCUGGCUCUGCUCUCACCCUGUCCUGCACUCGGCCCCCUCAGCCCAUCUCUGGAGAGUCUUCUGCUCCCAGAGGGCCAGAGACACCAAGAGGUCAUAGAGGGCAUGAGGGGCUGCCAGUUUCCAGAAUGUUCUUAGACCUCCCGACCUCGACUCCCGUCCCCCUGCUGGGGCUCUGUGCCAGGCCACUGUCCACACAUCCUCCACAAAGCCAGUUGAAGAUUUUGUAAUGCAGUACUGACAAACUUCAGCUCGCGAGUCAGCCCCCACUUGCUCCCCCACAGUUACUUGCUGCAGUGGGUUCCAGCUGGGAGUCAGGGGACAUAAGCUGUUUGUCGGCUGGGAAUACCUCGCCCCAUGCCCAGCUCAGAAUGGGUCUCAAGCUCCAGCUGGGCAGACAGACCCGAUCCCCCAGAACGGCCUUCGCUUCCAUCCAAAGAACACCACCAACACACACACCUCUGACCCCGGGACGCAGAUUUUGGUUCUGAAGCAACGAGGGAGGGAACUUGCGCUGAGGGAUGUCUGCUGGGGACUGGGAUUGCAAUCCUCCCAGGAAGGUGUUAGGUAGAACCACCCUGGGGCCGGAGCUCAGAGCCAGGCUGAUGCUGUCCUCUCUGCCCUGUGCUUGGUCAGCAUGCUGGUCUUGUCCUCAGCCUGGCUUCCUAAGCAGAGAGGAGCAGACAUUGUCCUUGGUGAGUGCAAAUGGUCACAGGUCAGCAGCCCAGGGCCCCCCUGGCAGUGUGCUCUAGCUCAGGCCUCCUCUACCCAACUGGAAUAAACUGGAAGCUGGGCCCUGUGGUCGCUGGGUUUAGUGUCCCAGGUUCCGGAGAACUCAGCUGUGUAUGUAGAGCUUGACUUCUCUGGGCUGUAAAGCAGGCACGGGAGCACGACUCCAUUCCUUGGUCUCUGGGAGUGGGGACUACUUUGGGGCUUUCUCUAGAUUUUGUAUGUUGUUAUUAAAAGCGAGCUAUUGCAUCUCA